CCUCCCUUUCAGCUCUUGAAGCUAACGCAUUGGCUGGGCUACAGGCAUCUUGUUGCCAAAUAGGUGGGCCCUACUCGUGCUGGCAAAGGCUCAAGCAAUGGUUAGGGAAAGAACGCGGAGAGGACGAGAGACGGCGAGUGAGAAACAGAAAGAGAAAGAGAGAGAGUUGGAGAGAAAAGGGGAAAAAAGAAGCAGCACUCGGCUUUGCCAGCGGUCGUAUGCGCUCGUCCAACAUUGAUUCGGCUCUCUUAUUUUUUUUUUCCUCCCUAUUCUGCUCUGCUCUCCCUGGCCCCCCCAUCUGUGUGUGUGUGAGUUAGUGUGUGUGUGUGUGAGUCUUGCGCCCGGCCCAGGGAUCAGAACAGACACCACUACCAAUUACACUUUGCCAAGGAUUUUUUUUUUUUAUUUUUUUUUUUUUCAAGGUUCAUUUUUUUAUUUUUUGGAAUGCACAAGGACUGUUUAUUUUAAGUGCAUCUAUCUCCGUUCUUUAAGUUCUUUUUUUUUUAGCCCUUAACAUUUCUAUUUUUACUUGAUCGUUUUUCUUGCUACAAGUUUUUAAUCUGUAUUUUUUGCCAUUUUUUGCUCUUGUGUAAAGAGCUGCUGGCAGUGGUCCGGCUGCAGUGAAUUCUUCCUUUUAAAUCUUGGGGUUUUUUGUUUUAAACUUUGGCCCACUGUCUUCAGUGAGCAGCAUAUUCUGCUAAUUAUUUUUUUACAGCCCCCCAAGUUUUUUUUCUUUUUCAUCUGCUAAUUCUCCACAGCCUGCCAAACCAGCACUUGCUUUACAUUGGGGAGCGCGGGAGGAAAAAAAAAAAACUGGUGCAGGAGAUUUUUUUUUUCACUUUAAACGCUGUGCCAAAUUUAUGAUGAGAGUGCAAAAUGGAUGAAUUUCAUCCCUUCAUUGAGGCCCUCCUCCCCCAUGUCCGUGCCUUCUCCUACACCUGGUUCAACCUGCAGGCCCGUAAGCGCAAGUACUUUAAGAAGCAUGAAAAGAGGAUGACCAAGGACGAGGAGCGUGCGGUGAAGGACGAGCUGCUGGGGGAGAAGCCAGAGAUCAAGCAGAAGUGGGCCUCGCGCCUGCUGGCCAAGCUCCGCAAGGACAUCCGGCCAGAGUUCCGUGAGGACUUUGUGCUCACCAUCACGGGAAAGAAGGCCCCCUGCUGCGUGCUGUCCAACCCUGACCAGAAAGGCAAGAUCCGUCGCAUCGACUGCCUCCGCCAGGCCGACAAGGUGUGGCGGCUGGACCUCGUGAUGGUCAUCCUGUUCAAGGGCAGCCCCCUGGAGAGCACGGACGGGGAACGGCUGGUCAAGUCGCCCCAGUGCUCCAACCACGGCCUGUGCGUCCAGCCGCACCACAUCGGAGUGACCGUCAAGGAGCUGGACCUCUACCUGGCCUACUUCGUCCACACACCAGACUUGGGCCCGUCCACGAGGGGCAGGGAGAGCUGGGACAGAUCACAGCCGCUGUACUCUGAUCUGCGCUUCUCUGCAGCUGCAAAGAAAGAACAAUCAGGACAAUCAGACAACUCAAACCAGCAAGGAGACACAGACGUCAAGCCCCCACCAAAUGGCCACUUGAGUUUCCAGGACUGCUUUGUGACUUCAGGGGUGUGGAACGUAGCCGAGUUGGUCCGCGUGUCACAGACCCCAGUGGCUACAGCGACCGGCCCCAACUUCUCCCUGGCUGACCUGGACAGCCCCGGUUACUACAACAUCAACCAGGUGACCCUGGGACGGCGUUCCAUCACCUCCACCCCAUCCACCAGGACUGAAAUGGAGCUUUAUGCAAGUCUCCCACGGAGCUCCAACAAGCGCAAGUCCAUUGACGACAGUGAGAUGGAGAGCCCGGUGGAUGAUGUCUUCUACUCAGGCCGUUCCCCGGCGGCUGGCAGCAGCUCUCAGUCCAGCGGUUGGCCUAAUGAUGUGGAUGCAGUGCAGCACCAUUUGGCCAGUGUGCAGGAGAGGAAGAUUAAGCAUGAGAGCGAUGGAGUGCAGUUUCCUUACCAUGGGAGUCCCCGUGCUUCAGCCUCAGCCCUGCACUUCCCGUCUCCCUCAAUCAUCCAGCAGUCUAGCCCCUACUUCACCCACCCAACCAUCCGCUACCACCACCACCCUGGACAGGACCCCCUGAAGGAAUUUGUGCAGUUUGUCUGUGCUGAUGGCUCGGGGCAGGCCGCCGGACAGCAUACUCCACGCCAGGCACCACAGCUCCCAACAGGUUUGUCGGCAUCGGAUCACGGGACAACAACUUUCUGAACAUCCCGCAGCAGACACAGUCUUGGUUCCUCUGACAAGAUCUGUGCACAAACCAGCAACUAGAAUUCUUUCUUUACAAUCGGAAAUAAAAAAAUGGAGAAACAACCCGCAGGAUAAUAACUGCCCUCCAACCAACCCACCGACCGUACGUCUCACCUGAUACAAAAUAUAAACAAGCAACAGAGGAAAUUACAGCAGCAUUAUGCUUUUUGAGGAACUCUUGACUCAUUUACCCAGUCAGAGGGAGGACCCGUUUCAAGCAAAGAUGGAUAGAUGGAAAGAUGAAAGGAUGGACAAGAGGAUGCCAGGAUAAAGAAAGGGGUGAGGGGACAAACGGCAGCGAGCAGGCGUCUCUCCUGAAACCACCAAACCAGCAAAACGCAGCAGCAACGCAAGAGGAACCUGAGGAUGAAAAAGCAGUCAACUUCUCCUACUUCGUGAGGACGCAUUGUGUAAAGAAUGGCUAAGAAAAUCUGUCCAACAAAAGAAAUCAGGUUUCCACAACAUAGAUUUAACAUUUAAGCUACAAAGCUUCACCCACAAUGAAUCCACAGCCUGAUCAAAGCACAGACAGUAUUUGAUUUCCAAUGAAAGCUGCAGUCCAUGCUCCUGUGAUGUCUGCCAUCACUCAAAACAUAAUCAAAUUGACCAAUGUUUCUCUCCCGCUGAAUGACCAUUGACUUUAUGAAGUCCCUUUUUACCCUACUACUAACUAGAGAGACACCAUGCCAAAACAUAUCUUGAUUAAGGGUUGCACUAGAAGCUGAAUCAAUUAACACUAAUCUUAACGAUGUGCACUAUUUACCUACAAGGCAUGGGAGGUAAACUAGACAUGCCUAUAAAGAGUUUUAAAGAGGAAAAACCAAGGUACAAGAAGCCUUUACGUGUCCUCGACCCCCAUCCUUCAGUUUGACAAAUCAUUGGCCUCCGCUCAUUCUCACAUCUCCCCGCACAACACACACUCAAUCUGUGCCAUGACCACAGCACGUAUGUACAAUUGAAAACACACAGUUGCCCAGUCAGACCUUUUAAGAUUGUAGUAUUCAUAGAUGGUGGUGUUGUGUAAUCAUAUUUUAAUUUUAUAUGCGCACAGUAAGCCCAGUGAACCUAUCUGAUUAGAUGUCCAAACAUCACAGACACACAUUGAAAAUCACAGUGUGAGUACAUCAUUACUGACAGUUUUCACGACUAUAGACAGCAGCUAUUGGAUCCCCCUUUUGCCCUCUUGUAAUGUAGAUGAAUGAUUUUGUUAUCUCUUGUGUGUUCUCUUAUUUGAAUUUAUUCCUUUUGGAUUUGUACUAUUUUAUAAUUGUUUUGUAUUUGAAUGACAGCACCUUAUAGAGAAACACAGUAAGAAGUGGGAUGUCGAAGUGGCGUAGACAGGGUGGUUAGCUGACCUUGAUCAAAUAGUACAUGCCAAGAACAUUAAGAAAAAGUUUGACAUUAUGGAAAAUACACUUGAGGGAAUUGAUGCCAUUCUUGUUAAAUAUGGUGCUAAACCAGCAGUCCGUUAGCUUACCUUAGCAUAAAGGCUGAAACUAGUGAACAGCUAGCCUGGCUCUGUCCAAAGGUAACAGAAUUUGCAAACCAGAAAACCAAAAAGUGUGUAAAAACAACAGGUGGUUGGGACCUGGCGACUGGUCACAGCCAAGAAAUAUUCCAGCACAUGAACCCUGUAAAACGAGAAAUGCCUUUUUUACACAUACCGGUAGAUUCUUUUGGCUGCAUUGUUUGUGCUGUGUGGAUUUUGUUACCUUUGGACAAAAGCAGGCUAGUAGUUUCCCCGGUUUUCUGUAUUUGUGCUAAGCUAAGCUAACUGGCAGUUGGCUGUAGCUUAAUAUUUAACAUAGUGGUACCAAUCUUCUCAUCUAACUCUCAGCUUGAAAGUGAAUAAGCGAAUUUUCCGAAAUAUUGAACUUUGACAUGGUUUGUUUGCCAUACGCUGUACUUGAAGACCACACAAUGCAGGGUUUUGACAAUCACAGGAAGCUCAUUUUGUGGGAACUUACCUGCUGAACCACACAGGUCAAGAAAAAGCUAAAAGACUAGCCGCAUCUACUGCUUGACCCAGGUCCAGCUGGUGACUGGUGGUGAAUACAUGAGCGAUAGAAAAACAGAACCAAGGAGGGAAGGUUGCUGGAGAUGGGACCCAGAGUAAAAGAGAGAAUAGCUCUUCUUUCUGUCUCCCUAAAGUUUACCCUGUUGUUUACACUCCCAGACGGGCCGCUGCUCCAAGAGCAGAGGGAGCCACACUGUGGAGCAAAAUGAAUAUGUGACAUAUCUGGCUGGUUUCGGAGAGGGAACGAGGGCCUCUAAGGCUUAGCAGUAGGAGGAUCACCCUUGUGCCCAGUUUUGUUUCAGUGCACGGGAUCAGGUAAUGGAUAUAGGUUGCUAUGGUAAUCUCCCCCAACACACACACACCAGCACUCCCCUCUAGCUAUUGUGAAUCAAUGAGCCCUCAAUGAUCAAAACUGCACUAAAACAAUCAUGCCAGCCAACCUUGUAAGUUUCUUUUUUGGUAAGAACUACAGCAGAUCGACCACCACUUAAUGUUUCGAGUCAGUGGAUGUAUCACUGGGAUGGAAACACACUUGUAGAGCACAGAUUGCCACUUCUUAAACACAACGACUUAGAAAGACCACUCACUAAAAACACAUCCCCUGUGCCCGACCGAAUUCAAAGGGAAGUCUUAAAAAUAGACAAUCUGAGGAGGCCUUUAUGCUUUUAAUCAUUUUCUAUCAUUAGCCCAUACAUAUUCUGACUGAUUCAGUUAUUUCCUGUUCAAAUUCAAACCACCCAUCCAACCUCACAAAAUAACUGGACUGCCUGGCCACGUUCUUCACUGCAGGGAAACACAACAUAGUUGGCCAACCCACUGGCGACCAUCUCAUCAGCUACGUAGAGAGAACUAGCUCUGCCGAGUAAGACGUUAAACGAUGGCUAAGGUGAUUUCUUUUCUAAUCUAUGGAAGUGCCUCUGUAUUCCCAUUAUGCAAUUUGUCAAACAUGAAUUCAGGUUCUUUUUCUCACAUAUAAGCUAUAGUGAAUGGUGAAAAAUUUAUGUCAGGAGAGGAGAAAAAAAACGGUGACAGCUCACUUAGAUAAUCGCAAGCAUCUUUAUAUAUAAUACACAUAUAUAUUUAUAGAUAUAUACAUUUUUUUUAUUUGCAAGAUAAGCUCUGUGGCAGUCUAGUUAUUUUUUGAAGCAUGGCGUACAUCGCACAGUCAUAGGAUGCAUCUCAAAUACCGCUGAUUAGAGCUAGUACCAGUCUCUAAACCCACUCUUGUGUUAAAUGACAUAAAAGAAAAUUAAUGGCAAAAACACAACAAUAGAUACAUAGACAGUGAUGAUAAUGUAGUUGAGAAUGGAAAAAAAAGAACAGAUUAGAUUUUGUUGUUUUCUUUCUUGUUUUGAUGGGAAGUAUUGUUCUUGAAACUAAAUGAUGUAUGUUGAUUGAGCCAUGUGCAAUGCCUUGGUAGAGGAAUUGUGUUUGUUUGUUAGCGAUUGUUUGAGGGUGUCACGAGAAAAGAGGGAAAACCCUCCAAGUUUUUUUUGUUUUUUUGUUUUUUUUGUUUUUUUUUGUUUAUCAAGUCCACAUGCUCUGGGACUCUAAAUACAAGGGCAGCGAUAAAAAAAAUCCCAGUCUUUGUAAGUAAGUUCGGGGAAAUUGUUUUUAAUUUCCUUUUGGUUUUUUUUGUUUUUGUUGCUUUUUUUUCCUUUUAUCACUUUUUUAAGAAAAACUUAAUUUCUAAUCAUUUGUUUUCAGAAUGUGGGAGGGCUGAAGGAACAAUUUUGCAACUCAUAAAAUAUAUAUCACUAUGAAAACUGGUGCUUUCGUUAAGAAUAAAGUACAUUCAAUCUCUAUUAUACAUAAAUAAUAAUAAACGAAAUUAAGUGUUAUCAUAAAAGCAAAUUUUAGGAAAACAUGCAUUAUUCUAUUUCUCUUUUUGUAUUUACCGAGGGGGGAGGGGUUCAUUGUAUGAAAAGGUUGUCGUGACAAAAGGCAUUUUUCCCCCCCAACCUUUACACCAUAGCAGAGGAACAGUCGUAUGGAAAAAAAAAAAAACCAUCUUGUAAAAUGCUUUUUCCAGACUGUAUCAUCUUGUAUCCAACAAGACAAGAUCUUCCCCAAUUUGGGAGAUGCACAAGUACGGAUUCCCAUUUCAAAGAAAGACCAUGAAUGAUGUUUUUUUCAAUUUGGUGUAAACGUCUACUUGGUUCAGCGAGAGGGAUUUAGCGGCCUUUGUCUGCUCAGCUGGUCUGCUGUCAUCAAUUCGAGUGAACCCCACCCCCCUACUCCUCCCCCCGGAUCCCCAUCUCCCACUGUAAAUGAUUAUAAAUAUUUGUUUGGUGAUGUAGUGUUAUAGACUCAGAGCAUCUUAAAGGUUGUCCCUAAAAAGUGCCUUUUGUUCACAGAUUCCAUCUUGUAAUCCUGAGUGCCCAUCUCAAAAGAAAAAAAAAAAGUCCCCUCCUUCAUACUUCUAUAUCUUUCUCUUCCUCUUCUUCAAGCUUUUUAAAGCAGUAUACAUAGUACUAAAGGAAAUUGGUGUGAUUUAGUUCCUCUUUUUAUUGUUGAAUAAUUAAGAAAAGCAUAAAAAAAGCCCAAAAAAAAGAAGAUAUUUUCUGUCUUGCUUCUCUUCCUCUGUAUCUUGUCUUCUGUCUAUCUUGGACACUGGAGUAGUCUGUAGCCGCGUAACCCUCUCCCUUCCUCCCCCCCUCUCCCCUCCUUCCUUUUCUCCCUUUCUCUGAACGGCGGGGUUUCAAAAAAAAAAAAAAAAGAAUACGCAAAGAUUUUUUUGUCUGAGCAGAAUGCAGUUAGCUCACAUGUUAUUCUUGUCUGUACGCUUCACAUUGUAUUACCAUACCCAUCUUCUUCAGCUUCUCCAUUCAACAGCUAAUGUAAGUGAACAAGUUACACCACGGGGCUCUGGGCUGUGCCGAGGACAGGGGGCCGGGGGGGUCAGUCCCCUGGGAGAAGUCAAAUCAAUCUCGGUGGAGGGAGAAGAGCACUCACAGGGACUUUUGGUUUUGGGCUGAGUUGUGGGAGAUGACCAGUAGGACUGCUAGUGUAGGCAGGUGUGUUUGUAAUCCUUGUUUCUAUCUAUUUAUUUUUUUAUAAUUGAAUUUGGAUUUGCUUUUUGAUUCACUUUUUUUUCUCAUUGUUACUGCGUAUCUUAGGCAGCGGGAAGAUGCUGCAUUGAGACCUUCAAUUAUGCACCUUGGUCAGUGUACUUCAGCGGCCAACAGAUCUUCGUUUUGAAAUGUGAAAGCCAAAAUUGGGAAAUGAGCUGUUUCCCAACUACCAUUUAUAAAUAGGGGAUCAAAAAACGAGCCGUUUUCCUUUUUUUUUUUAAUAAAAACAGAAAACAAUAAAAUUUACUGUCUUCCGGGUUUAUUUUAUUUUAUUUUUUUUAAACUGAAAACAAGAAAACAACCAGCAAAAACAGCUUGUUUCCAGGUUUUGGUUUUCUCAUUUCAAAAUGAAAAUCCGUUCCGCAAAGGACCCCGACCCAUCAUUUCUAGUGGUUGAAUGAGACCAGCUAUUUAAAAAAAAAAGAAAAAAAAAAAGAAAGAAAAACGGGAAAAAAAAUUAACUGAAAAAUGACUCGAAGCACCUUAUAAGCGGACUGGUUCCACAGCACGGUGGCUGGAAGGCUCAGAUUUAGCACAAUCAUAAGAGAUGUUACACAUUGCUUCACAAUAUUGAUCCACCGCCAUUCUAAAUCGCAGUGUUUGAUAAGACACGUUGACCAAAGUGAUAUGGUUCCAAAAGCUGUACAAAACUAGAAGACUUUGGUGAUUGAUAGAGAAAGCACCUUGAAAUUCCACCAGCAAAAUCUACUGAUUAGAGUUUUGUCCUGCAAAAACAAUUAUGUAUAUGCAACUUCCUAUUUUUCUUCAUUAACAAAUGAAGCCAGCAGCAGUAUUAUCAAUCAAGCCUUGACAAGUGAACGCGCCACAGUUGAGAAGCCAUAUCGGAGACGGACAGGUUGCAGGGAGCAGAGUGUGCAUGCGUGUGUGUGCUUUGUUGAGGGAGGGUGUCUACGAUGUCUGCCCCUGCGCCGUUCAGAGAACACAGUCGGACCCUGUGGCCGAACCGUCCGCCGUUUUUUUCUUCUUCUUUCCUUUGUUUGUUUUUAACAAGUUUUGUAGGAUGCUGGGCCGCAUUUAGUCAUGUGUAGACUGAGCCCCCCUGGCCAGCCUAACCUCUUGCCUCUGGCCUGUAACACCUUUCCUGUUAAGAGUGCUCCUCCUCCUCCUCCCACAGAGCAGCGUCCCAUCCUCGGACCCAUACCCCCCAGAGCCCAUGGUGAAAUGCAUGUGUUAAUUACAGUUUCUUUUCCAUAAUAAUAAUAAAAAACAGUUUGAAAAGAGCAACCCCUUUACUUGAUUGAAUAAAAGGAUGUUCUUGACUGUA